AUGAGUCGCCCAAGAAGUAAUGCUGCAGUCGAGGCUAAUAAUAUUAUUUUUGGUUUAAAUGACUUAUCUUCAAGUGAUGACUCAGCUGAUGAAAACCUUACAGACGAUGAAGAAGAUAUUGUUACAGUUGACGAUGAAUCAGAUGCUAUCAUCUCUGAUCAAAGUGAUGAAGAAGGUGUUCAGGAAAAUUACAUUUUAAACCAAAACAUGAUUUCAAAGAACGGUGAAGAAAUUUGGAGUACUCUUCCAUCUGUAAAUGCUGCUAAGCCACGUGCACAAAAUAUUAUUCGACAACCAACUGGCCCAACAAGGUUUGCAGCUCAGGUUUGCGGCCAAAGUGUGGAUACUGCCUUCAAACUUUUUAUAACACCAGAAAUGAUUAGAAUCAUUGUCAAUUGCAUUAAUGCUGAAGCUCGUAGAAUAAGACUAGAAGGAUGGGUUGACACGACAGUAAAUGAGCUGGAGCUUGGAGUUCUUCUUCUAGCUGGAGUGUUUCAUUCUAAAAAUCAAAGCAUAAAAGAGCUUUGGAGUAAAUUAGAUGGCAUACCAAUAUUUUCUACUUCAAUGCAAAGAGAUCGAUUUGUUAACUUGCGACGAUGCAUUCGAUUUGAUGAGAGAGAAACAAGAAAUCAAAGACGGUUUGAAGACAAAUUUGCACCUUUAAGAAAUAUAAUGGAAAUGUUUACUACUAAAUGUAAGAGCAACUACAAUCCAAGUGCAUAUCUUACUGUUGAUGAGCAAUUAGUUACAUUUAGGGGACGUUGUCCGUUUAAGAUAUUUAUACCUACUAAGCCAGGAAAGUAUGGAAUGAAGAUAUGGAUAUUAUGUGAUGCUGAAACUUCUUACUGCAUAAAUUUGCAACCGUAUAUUGGUAGAGUAAAUGGAGUACGUGAUGUUGGACAAGGUACACGAGUAGUUCUUGAACUAACUGAUCACUUAAAUGGAAGUGGUAGACACAUAACAGCUGAUAAUUUUUUUACAAACAUUCAUCUUGCACGUGCAUUGCUAGGACGUAAAAUGACAUACACUGGCACCAUUAAAAAAAAUAAAGGAGAAAUACCAAAAAAGUUAUUGCCAGCCUUACAUUGA